CGCAUCUCUAAUACACUUACCCACUAAAUUUAUAUAUUGAAAUCACACUCGAAGGAUGUUGCACCGCGUGUCGCGUGGACUUCCCUCCUUAAGGCGAUGCAGCCUGCGAUCGGCAUCCACUGUGCCCACAAAUCAGGCGCAGCCUGGCGAGGAGGAGGUCAGUGCGACGGUGAAGAGGAUCCGCUCGGAAUUGGCAGCGGAUAAACAGAGACUUAAGUGGCGCACUCCGAUUGGCGACCGGCCGGAGGAUUGGAACAGCAAGCUGAAACUGUUCUCCAAUGCGGAGCAAACCUCAGACUUCAUCGUGAUGAUGCAGAAGCCCAUCGAUCUAAGUCCGCGGAGCAUACGACAGUGGUGGGAAAACCGGGAGGAGCGUAUUGAGCGGCACAUGCAGCAGUUUGUCCCGGAAAGGCACAAGAUUCUAGGCGCCGAACUGGCUGCGGCGCAUUUCAUACUGUACCGCGGCGGGGCCGUCAAGUUCGUCAACGAUACCCACUGGCGCCGGGCCUCAAAGGAUGGCGAGUUCAACCUGCCCAAUAAGUUCGAUCCUCGCUAUAAAGUGGAGGCCUUGAGGUGUGAUAACAUGGAACUCUACUACGAGGGGCUGGAGAACCUGCGCUGCCUGGACUCCCUUAAGUUCCUGUCCUUUCACAACGUGGAAAGCUUUGAUGACUGGUGUCUGGAUAGGAUUUCGGGAGGUGGCUUCCCUAACCUGGAAGUGCUCGACCUCUCGGGCACCCAAAUCACCACCAAUGGCUUGGCCUGUCUGUAUCGUUUUCCUAAGCUUAAAUUACUGAUCCUGAAUGAUCCGAAGGAGACUCUAGAAUUGGAAUUGGCCACGGUCAUGUUGGAAGAGUCCAUGCCCGCUUUAAAAAUUGUUGGCGCCGGUGCUAUUCACAGCUAAGGCUAAAUAUGUGAACUUUGCGAUUUUUAAGUUUAGUUAAAUACAAAUGUUAUUCAUAACAAAAUA